AGCUGCAAUUGAAGCUUGCUAGGUCUUAUACUUUUACGGGCUGGGUAUUUCAUGUACAUGGCAGUUUAAGUGUAUAACUUUGCAAUUGAGAGAUCUGUAAUUUCCGCAAAGCUUCGAAACGCCAAUCACCGUGUAGUUUAAGUUGAAUAUCAGGUGUUUCAUCAUGUCGUUUGACUGCGUCGCUUGGAAACGAAUGAACGCACAUAAAAAUGUGUUGCUAUUCAUUACCGUCGUCUUCAUAGCAGUCCCCUAUUGUCAUAUUCUGUUGAAAAGGAGAAACGAAGAAAGCAAAGAGAAAACUUGCUGUUCAUCUUCUUACUGGGACGAGCUUCUAAAUUCCAACUCUCUAACUGGAGAACAGCUCAUGGAAUAUUUCACAUGGACGAACCGCUCAUCCUGUCAACUAGCUCACGACUUCGGAGGUCAUAUGAUGAGCAAUCCAUCGGGCAUCGAUGGCCAAAAGUGCAUGUGUCUCGAUCCUCAAAUAGCGCCACUAGCCGGCCAAUGUCUCGUCUACUCAUUUGGAAUCAACAACGAGUGGUCCUUCGACGAACAAAUGGAGAGCUACGGUUGCCUAGUGUUCGCUUUCGAUCCAUCGAUGAACCAGCCGCCACACAAUCACAGUCCGGCUAUCCAUUUUUACGAUUGGGGACUGGGCGAUCGAGAUGUGAAGCUCUCCAACAAUUGGCAAAUUCAUUCGCUGUCUUCCAUCUACAACAAUCUGUCCGCUUGGCACGGAAGAGUAAUCAUUGAUUAUUUGAAAAUCGACAUCGAAAGCGCCGAGUGGAACGCGCUGCCGGAAAUCAUGAACUCCGGUAUGGUAUCGAAGAUCCGCCAACUCGGCGUUGAAAUUCAUCUUGACAGUAGAGCGUCGCUGGAAAAACACCGAGAGUGGGCCAAAAUUUUGAGAAGUCUAGAACACAUGGGCAUGGUCCGUUUCGAUUCCAAACGCAAUCCUUGGUACACAGGCGCUUUUGAGAAAUUCCGGCUGUCCGGAUCUUUCGGCCACGAGAUUGCCUGGUAUAAUAGCAAACUUUUACGCGAUUUGCAUUAACGACUGCUGUAAUUGCUUUCCAAAUA